ACGCGUACAGCGUGCUGUCUACGCCUGAGACUGAGCCUGUGCCUGCGCCUGUGCCUUGGCACGCUCAUCUUCCUCCAAAUAUAUAUACUGCACCUGCAAGCUUCGGCCAUUGUUGCUCAAUUCUUCCCCCAUUUCAAAACAAAAUCAGGCUAAUUAAUCGCGUCGACCUCGAUGGGCUCCGAGGUGGAUGGCUUCAGCGACUACCUGGUGCUGAGGCCCGACAAGGCCGGAGUUUCCGAUCUCCUCCGGCUCCUGCUCUCGCCCAGAGUCUCCGACAACCAGUCGGUCUACUGCCCCAUUGACACCGAGAUCGACGAGGCAAAGCGCAGGUGGGCCGUCUUCGUCUCUCUUCUCUUGCAGAAGAUCCUCCUCUUCUCCAGGAGGCCAAUAGCCAGGAUGGGACUGGCGAUCGAGUUCUGGCUAAACCUUCUCAUGGUCAACAAUGGCUUGCUCUGUCUCUUGUGGAAUCUCCUCACAGGGAAAUUGGUUUUUCCGGAAAAGAAGUCAUCCAGUUAUAGAUCAUGUAUUGGACUCAUUGACACGAGAGUUGAACUGGACAGGAGCAUCAGACCAAGCGAUGACAAGUAUUUGGCAGCACUAUCCAUAAUGGCCGCAAAAUUAGCUUAUGAAAAUGAACUCUCCAUCAGAAGCAUAGUCCAAAAUAAUUGGGAAAAGGAAUUUUUGGGAUUCUACAAUUGUUGGAACGACUUUGAAAAACAGUACAGCACACAAGCAUUCAUGUUCAGCGACAAAACCGCCGAUGGCGCCGAGCUUAUUGUGAUUUCCUUUCGAGGAACCGAGCCAUUCGACGCUGCUCAAUGGUCCACCGACGUUGAUUUCUCAUGGUAUGAGAUUCCAAACGUCGGCAAGGUCCAUCGUGGCUUCAUGAAGGCGUUGGGCCUGCAAUCGAAGCUUGGGUGGCCUGCGGACCUGAACCAGAGCGACGAAACACGGCCCUACGCGUACUACGUCAUGAGGGAGAAGCUUAAGCAGGUGUUGCGGAGCAGGGCCGAGGCAAAGUUCUUGGUCACUGGCCACAGCCUUGGCGGAGCACUCGCGAUUCUGUUUCCGGCCAUCUUGGUGCUGCAUGAGGAGUGGCGGCUGCUGGAAAGGCUAGAGGGAGUGUACACGUUUGGGCAGCCGCGGGUGGGAGAUGAGAAGUUUGGGGAGUUCAUGGUGCAACGCUUGAAUGAGCCCAAGAACAGGUACUUCAGGUAUGUCUACUGCAACGACAUUGUGCCACGGGUGCCCUACGAUGACUCUGCUCUCUUGUUUAAGCACUUCGGGACGUGCAUCUACUUCAACAGCCUCUACAGAGGAAAGGAGAUGGAGGAGGAACCCAACAAGAACUAUUUCUCUGUGUUGGAGGUGAUUCCCAAGUACCUGAAUGCGUUGUGGGAGCUUCAACGAAGCUUCCUGAUUGGGUACAUUGAAGGGCCAGAAUUCAAGGAAGGGUGGUUCUUGAGGUUCAUUAGAUUGUUUGCGCUGGUGAUUCCUGGCUUGCCGCCGCACUCCCCUCAAGACUAUGACAACUGCACGAGAUUGGGAACUAUGGCAGUUGCUGUGGAUGCGACUUCAGAGUAAUUAGAUUCAGCGAGUAGUUAAAGGAUUCCUUUUCAAAUGAAUCGUAUGGGAUUCACGUAUGAACUAGUAAUAAUGAGUUUUUUGAUUUGGUAAACUUGUUACGCGAAACUUGAGACGCAUUAAUUAAUUUUUCUUUGUUUAGCCAUAAAAAAGAUGGUCGUUGAUUUAGCAAUGAUGAUCGUCCACAAAAGAUUGAUGUUUUUAUUUA